AUGCUGGGAAGUGUCAUACCACACUAUCAACUUUUCCGACCGACCGACAGUCGCAUGUGCAGCGAUGCUGUUCUGGAAGAGAGCCGUCAAGCGGGAAGGGAUCCCAAGAAGUCAGCGCCGCCUCAUGUUUCAGUUGGCACGAUAUUCGAGAUAUUGCAGUAUAUUUUCAUAAAGGAAACUACUCACAAGUUUGCUGAAAACUCCUCGACAGCUCAUGGCCAGCUUCGCCCUUCUUGGGGCUCAUCAGGUGGGCGCAGUCCCCGAGUUUCCAUCAACCUCAUGUUCUACUUGAACUCAACUUCAACUCUUUUUGAAUCACACACUGCUCUCACCAGUUCUGAUGAGAGAGCCACUGUUGCUCUGGGCGUCUUACCCCAUGUGUUGGCGCGAAACACAGCAUGA